GGCGGGAAGCGGAAGCUGCGCGGGGCGCUGGGUCCUCGGCCAUGGCUCACAGGCCGAAAAGAACGUUCCGGCCGCGCCGAGCAGACUCAAGUGACAGCGACGGCGCCCAGGAGACAUUUGCUGAACCCGGGGAGACUGGGGAGCAGGCGGCCCGGGGCCCUGCGGUGAAAGGGCCGCCGUCUGGAAGAGGCCACGCGGAGGUGGCUGAACUGCUCCGCCGGGGCCGGGGCCGUCGCCGCGGCCGGGCCUGGGCUAGUUCCCGGCGCGCCGCGACAGCGGCUCCGCGCCUGGACGGAUCCUCGGACGUCCCAGAAUCCAGAAUGGUUGAUCUUUCAGCCGACGAAGAGGAUGGAGCACACCAUUCUUCAGAAAGUAAAGAUGAUCAGAGUUCAUCUCCCAACGGCUCUAGGACUCUGGAGGACGAGUUUUCAUCAGUAGUAGAUAUCCCUGAUGCAGCUUUUAUUCAAGCAACCUAUGGAAAAUGCAAAUUGGCCAGGGCCCAAGAGGACUAUAUUUCUUUGGAUGUAAAACAUGCCUUCACCAACUCUGGUAUGAAGAAAAACAGUGAAGAUUCUGAAAGUGAGCCUGAUGAUUUUAAAGAUGUAAUGCCAUUUACCCCAAAGCCUCAAACACUUAGACAAAGAAUGGCUGAAGAAACAAAAACUAGAAAUGAAGAAACAAGUGAUGAUAGUCAAGAUGAGAAAAAUCAAGAUAUUUGGGAGCAGCAGCAGAUGAGGAAAGCUGUUAAAAUCACAAAGGGACAAGACAUAGAUCUUUCUUAUGGCCAUGAAUCUCAAACAGUGAAGAAGUUUGAUGCUUCCAUUUCAUUUCCACCAGUAAGUUUAGAAAUUAUAAAGAAGCAACUAAAUACUAGAUUAACAUUACUACAGGAUACUCACCGCUCACAUCUAAGAGAAUAUGAAAAAUACAUACAAGAUAUCAAGAGCUCAAAGAGUACCAUCCAGAACCUAGAGAAUUCAUCAAAUCAAGCUCUAAGUUUUAAAUUCUAUAAAAGCAUGAAAGUUUAUGUGGAAAAUUUAAUUGACUGUCUUAAUGAAAAGAUUAUCAACAUCCAAGAAAUAGAAUCAGCAAUGCAUGCACUCCUUUUAAAACAAGCCAUGAUCUUUAUGAAACGCAGGCAAGAUGAAUUAAAACAUGAAUCAGCAUAUUUACAACAGUUAUCAUGCACACCUGAGACGUCAGUAAAUAAUAGCUUGGCUACAGAUGAAAAAACUCCGUGGAUUUUAGAAGAGGUUGAAUCUCGAAGGGCACAAAGAAGACAAGCAAGGGUUCUUUCUGGGAAUUGUACUCAUGAAGAAGGAACAUCUAGUGAUGAUGAACUGUCUUCAGCAGACAUGAUUGACUUCCAAAAAAGCCAAGGUGACAUUUUACAGGAUCAUAAGAAGAUUUUUGAAGAUGUACACAGUGAUUUUUGUAAUAUCCAGAAUAUUUUAUUGAAAUUUCAACAAUGGCGAGAAAAGUUUCCUGAUUCUUACUAUGAAGCUUUCAUUAGUUUAUGCAUUCCGAAGCUUUUAAAUCCCCUAAUACGAUUUCAGUUGAUUGACUGGAACCCUCUUAAGUUUGAUUCCAUAGGUUUAAAACAGAUGCCAUGGUUCACAUCUGUAAAAGAAUUUAUAGAUUGCAGUAUGGAAGAUUCAAAGAAGGAAGAUAGUUCUGAUAAGAAAAUCUUGUCUACUGUCAUCAACAAAACAGUUAUUCCUCGACUUACAGGCUUUGUAGAAUUCAUUUGGGAUCCCUUGUCAACCACACAGACAACAAGUUUAAUAACACAGUGCAGAAUGAUUCUUGAAGAACAUUCCACUUGUGAAAAUGAAGUUAAUAAAGGCAAACAGGAUUUACUUAAAUCCAUUGUUUCAAGAAUGAAGAAGGCAAUAGAAGAUGAUGUUUUUAUUCCUCUGUAUCCAAAGAGUGCUGUAGAAAACAGAACAUCACCACAUUCAAAGUUUCAAGAAAGACAGUUCUGGUCAGGUCUAAAGCUCUUUGGCAAUAUUCUUCUUUGGAAUGAACUCCUCCCAGAAGACAUCUUGCAAGAGCUAGGACUAGGGAAGCUGCUGAAUCGUUACCUUAUUAUAGCUCUUCUCAAUGCCAUACCUGGCCCAGAUGUUGUUAAAAAGUGCAGCCAGAUAGCAGCAUAUUUACCAGAAAAGUGGUUCCAAAACUCUGCCAUGAGAACGUCCAUUCCCCAGCUAGAAAAUUUCAUCCAGUUUUUACUGCAGUCUGCAUGUAAAUUAUCUAGAAAUGAAAUCAGGGAUGAAGUCAAAGAAAUAAUUCUUAUCCUGGUGAAAAUAAAAGCUUUGAAUCAAGCAGAAUCCUUCAUAGAAGAAUAUCACCUAGACCAUCUUAGAUCAGUAAUUAAAGAAUUUGAGUAAACUUUAUAGAAAAGUACUAAAAUGAGAUUUUAAUAUAGUCACACUUGGCUAUUUUGCUUGUAGAAAAAGAAAAAAAGGUGUUGCCUUUUCUUUACUCCCAGUAAUGGAGGAGAGAAUUCCUAAACCAAAAGAAUAGCACUCUGUCCCUCCAUUCCCUCCAUAUUCUGCCUUCUGGUAUCAUGAAAGACUGACCCUCCCCUUUUUGAGUGUUUGCAGGAAUUAAACACACAGGAACAGUAGGAGUUUAAUGUAUUUCCAUUUGAUUCUUCUGAUGACUUUUCCAGUUUAAGAAAGGACUUGAAGCUUAUUGUAGCUGCUUUGGCUUUGGUGAGUCUUCUGUCCUGAACCAUAAAAACAUCUUUUAGUUCUCUUCAUUUUAGCAAUCUCUGUUUUUAACCCAUUUGUAUGAGUUAAAAUGAAAAUCUUAAUUGGAAUGAAUUACUUAUUAAGAAUUCUGAUUAAGGCAUUUUAAAGCUACUAAUGCUUGUCAGAUUGUGCUUCAGAAUCUAUACCAGUAUAUUGUUCUAACACAAGUCUGAGAACAGCCAAUGAAUCUCUGCCAGCAGUAUUUUUUUUAACUCGUUUAUACUUAAUAGGUAAAAAAAAAUCUUAUUUUAAUUAUUUAUAUUGACUUAUUAGAGAGUGCCUACUUGUUUUCUUGGUCAUUUGUAAUUCUUUUGAAGUAUCUAUUUUUUCCUUAUGGAUUUGUAAGAUAUUAUAUUUUAAAGAUACUGAUGGUUUGGCAGUCCAGUGGUUAGGACUCUGCACUUUCACUGCAGAGGGCAUGGGUUUGACCCCUGGUCAGGGAAUUAAGAUCCCACAAGCCACGUGGUAUGGUAAAAAAUGAGAACAAAACAAAAAGAUGACUGAUGUUGUGCCCAUGCUGUGUUACAGUUUUCCUCACUUGCCAUUUUCUUUAAAUUUGUGUAUGAGUUUUGGUGUACUAAGUUAUUGCUUGUUCGGUAGUUACUACUAUUUUUUGUUAUGCUUUUUUUGUGUGUGUCAUUGGUAGUAGGCUUAGAGAAGAAACAAGUAUUUUAAAUAUUCGGAACAUAUGAUUCAUUUUUUAAAAAUGUGUGUGAUUAAGAAUGUGAGGCAAGGUCAUUGAAUCAAAAAGAAAUUGAGAACAUUUUUCACAGUGAGUUUACUGAUAAUUUUUCUUAAAUCUAUUUGUUUAAAUAACUUUCAGGAAGUCUUAAAUGUAUCCUGCAAAUUGUUGCCCAAAAGAUAAAUCAGGAAAAAGUUGGUUAUAUGUCCGGUUUAAUAGUUUGAAUAAAGAACCAGCCUUUGAACUCUAUAUGUAGGGUUUGAGUGUGUGGCUUCUAACGUCAUCAACACUAGUUUUGAAGCUGCAUGUAAUAAAUUUUCGCAGAGUGGUAUGUGAUUUCUACUAUAGUGAAGAUUCAUGAUUCACUGGUAUGAACAGUUUCUUAAAGUUUAUUUUAGUUACACAAAUUAUACAGAACAGAAUCUCAUCUAGAAAAUUCAAGCCAUUGCUAAAAAAAGUCAAGUUUUCUUACACAAUUAUUAUUCCCAGAGGCAACUGCUGUUUUCACUUUGUUAUCCUUUCAGAACUUUUCUCUACUUAAAAAGUAUGUACACAUAUGUCUAUACACAGCUUUUUUUUAUAUAAGUGGCAAAUAUUUUAUUGUGUAUUAAAUUUGUACUUUUUUAUUGUUAAAAGUGUACACCACCUGAAAUUUCCCUAUGAUUUUUGCCUUUGUAAUUAAAGGUGUGUUAGAUGAUUCCUUACAUUUUUAACUUGGGUAGAGAAUUUCUCUUGCUUUUUGUAGAAUUGAAAAUAUUAAAACUACUUUUAAAACUGCAAAUUGAUUUAAACUCCCAGUAGUUUUGAAAUUUUAUUAUGCUUGGGUUUUGAAUCUCAGGAUUUUUAUCCAUCAUAUACAGUAACUAAGGAUAUUCAAAAACAUUUGUGGAGAUUGCCUAAUCCUCAGUGCAGAGUUCUUUUUUUUUUUUCUUGUUACUGUGAAAUGGAUGAAGAAAUGGAAUGGAAUGAAGAAGAGAAAUGCCAGCUAACAAAAACAAACCUUUGAGUUAACAACUUAACUCACAUCUCAGUUCUUUCUCUGGAUUUUUUCAGGUUUUUGUUCACUUAAAGAAUAUAAAAUUUUUACAGAAUCAGAUAAAUUACCUUUUUGUUUUUACUUUUUUAUAUGGCUUUUAGGAGCUUUCCAAUGGCCAUGAAAAUAUACCUCAGAACAGUUGGGUUAUUUUAUGUAGAUAACUUAUAAGAAAUACCAUAUGUGAUAUGAAAUCUGAAAAAGAUAUUGCAAGAAAAUAGACCAAUAUUACUCAUGAAUAUAGAAAUAAAAGUCCUUCAAAUACUAGCAAACCGAACCCAGCAAUGUAUAAAAAGGAAAAUAAUAAUACAUCAUGACCAAAUAGGUUUUAUUCCAGGAAGAGAAGGUCAGCUUAACAUUAGAAAUUUAAUCAGUAUAAUUCACCUAUGAACAGAAUAAAAGAGGAAAACCAUACGAUCAUCCAAUGAUUACAGAAAAGCACUGGACAAAAUUCAACACCCUCUCCCAGUACAAAAACAGGAAUAUAAAUUAUUUAAUAAAGAGCAUCUGUAAAAGAACAUCCAUAUUUAGCAUCAUACUUAAUGGUAAAGUAUUAAUGCAAGGAUGUCUGCUCUCACCUUUUCUGUUCAGCAUUGUUCUGUAGGUCCUAACCAUGCAGUCAGUCA